AUUCACAUUCAAACAUCUCAACCAAAACACACAAAAACUCCGCCAUUUCAUAACCCUUCUCAACUUUUCAGCUAUGAAAUCCGCUCUCCUCCGAACCGGUUCCGUUCCCCUCCUCUCUCCGACCACCACGGCUUCCAACAACAAACAACCGUUGUAUGGAGUUUUAUCCUGCCACAACAGCUCCGCUUCAUCUCCCAGAAUCUCUCUACAUUGCACACGAAAUAAUUCUAAUCGUAUCCGAAGAGCAGCAUCGGAGAGCGACAUCGUACGAUCACUCCACGAGGUUUCCAAUACGUCCGAUCAAUUUAGUGGACUCGCAUCUCGAUCUCUAUCUCGUUCUUUUCCUUCCAAAAUUCCAGAGGAGGAGUUUAUAGACGAGGAUGAUCAAUUCGACAGUGAUUCCAUGGAGGAGGAUAAAGAAUAUCUCAAUUACCGAGUCGGAGUUAAUGAUCGUAGUAAGAUCGGAGCGUACUACGAACAUAUGCUGAAAUUGAACCCUAGCGACGCUUUAUUACUAAGAAACUACGGAAAAUUCCUACACGAGGUGGUGAAUGAUACAAAACGAGCGGAAGAAUGUUACAGCAGAGCAAUACUAGCAAGUCCAACAGACGGUGAAUUACUGGCACUGUACGGGAAAUUAGUAUGGGACACUGAAAGAGAUAAACAAAGAGCUCAAUAUUACUUCGAUCGCGCAGUUUAUGCUUCUCCUAACGACUGUUUGGUGACAGGACAUUACGCUCAUUUCAUGUGGCAAGUUGAAGACGAUGAGGCUGCUUUGGCGGAGGAUUCACCGGCGGGUAUGGUAACGGCUUGUUGAUGUUUGAAGAAAUUGGGUUUUGGGAAAUUUAGGAGAGAAAGAACUAACAAAAGGAAUGGGGAUGUGAUUUGUGCAUCGCUAUCUCAAGAGGAAAUAAAUAUUUUCUAUUUUAUUCCAUACUUAAAGCUCUUUUACACACACACACACAUAUAUAUACAUUUUCUUUUUUCUUUGUUACGUUGUAAAAGUGUGAAUAAUCUUUUGGGAAAGUUUAAUAUCGACGUUUACUUAACAAUUCGAUGCCUAAUGGUCUGAAUAAUAAACACAUAUAGUUCAUAUUU